ACGUGCCACGUGUGCACGCAAAGUGCACCCCAUUGGCGGGGCAGUACUCCCUUCCAGCUCCCUUCCAGCUUGCGUUGAGCAUCGAACUUGGCUGCUGCUGCUGACCAACUUUCAUCUCGCUGCUGCCCGCGUACCUGUUUGCCCUCGGAUGCCUCGCGAGGGGAAUGCGAGACGGCACGUCUAAGGUGCCAGUUGCGUCCACGUGGCGGUCUGUCAUCGGUCCACGUGGCUUUGGUGUGUGCUCAGGAGUGAGGAUAUCGUUAGGCGGCGGGGCAAACCUUGAUAGGCGCGUUGAUGGUGCACACUGCUUCCUCUCAUCUCUCGAUCGCGUGCCCCGUCGAUUUGAUUGUCUUGAUUGACGGCGGCGGCGUACACUCAAGGAGUUACCAAUCAAUCAGGUGCUGGCUGUAACGAGUACUUAGGAGUGAGGCUAUUGUCGGACGGUGGCGCAAAAGCCCUGAUGGGCGUUGAUGUCAUACGCUGGUUCCUCUCAUCUGUGUCGCGUGCCCCGUCGACUUGCUUGCCGUGAUUGACGGCGGCUUCUCAAGGAGUCACCAAUCAAUCAAUCAGGUUUUGCUCGACCAGGCUGGGCGGUCUCUGUGGCGCGCAGCUACUUAUGAUACGUGACCGGGAAUUCACUUGACUCGUGUAUGUGCAACUCCACACCGGCAUACUCGGCGCCCGUUUGUGCGCAAAACCCUCUCUCGUCGUCGUGUGCCUGCCUCUGUCCUUUGAUUGCCAGUUUGAUCUCUUUUUGCAGACUCAGAGAAAGGGAGAAAGGGAGCCAUGGCUGACGAAGAGGUUUCUGCUCUCGUUUGCGACAAUGGUUCGGGUAUGGUGAAGGCUGGGUUCGCUGGUGAUGAUGCCCCUCGCGCUGUUUUUCCCAGCAUCGUCGGUCGGCCGCGUCAUCAAGGCGUCAUGGUGGGUAUGGGCCAGAAGGACGCUUACGUGGGAGACGAGGCUCAAUCGAAGAGGGGUAUCCUGACUCUGAAGUACCCUAUCGAGCACGGCAUUGUCACUAAUUGGGACGAUAUGGAGAAGAUCUGGCACCACACCUUCUACAACGAGCUUCGUGUUGCACCGGAGGAGCACCCUGUGCUCCUCACGGAGGCCCCUCUCAAUCCCAAAGCCAAUCGGGAAAAGAUGACCCAGAUCAUGUUCGAGACGUUCAACGCCCCGGCGGUUUAUGUGGCCAUCCAGGCAGUUCUGUCGUUAUACGCAAGCGGUCGCACGACGGGUAUCGUCCUCGACUCUGGCGACGGCGUGACGCACACUGUGCCCAUCUACGAGGGCUUCGCUCUGCCGCACGCCAUCUUGCGUCUCGAUCUUGCCGGUCGGGAUCUCACCGACUACAUGAUGAAGAUCCUCACAGAGCGCGGGUACUCUUUUACGACCAGUGCGGAGCGGGAAAUUGUACGUGAUAUCAAGGAGAAGCUGGCCUACGUGGCCGUGGAUUUUGAACAAGAGCAGUCCACUGGCUCCCAUAGCUCCUCUCUGGAGAAGAGUUAUGAGCUUCCUGAUGGGCAGGUGAUCACGAUAGGUAGUGAGAGAUUCCGCUGCCCUGAAGUGCUCUUCAAUCCCGCCUUGAUUGGGAUGGAAUCUGCGGGAAUUCACGAGACCACGUACAACUCCAUCAUGAAGUGCGACGUGGAUAUCAGGAAAGAUCUGUAUGGGAACAUAGUCUUGAGUGGAGGGUCUACUAUGUUCUCGGGCAUUGGCGACCGCAUGAGCAAGGAGAUUACAGCGUUGGCGCCUAGUACGAUCAAGAUCAAGGUGGUCGCCCCGCCGGAACGCAAGUACAGCGUCUGGAUCGGGGGAUCGAUCCUUGCCUCGCUCAGCACUUUCCAACAGAUGUGGAUUUCCAAAGCCGAAUACGAUGAGGCUGGACCUUCUAUCGUGCAUCGCAAGUGCUUCUGAUCUUCUCUCUCUCUCUCUCUUCUUCGUUCGUGCUCUCUCUCUCUUCUUCGUCCGUGCUGUCUCUCUCUCGCCUUCGUUCGUGCUGAAACCGACACCUAUAUUGGUUGAUUGAUUGAUUGAUUGAUUAAUCUACUUUGUCAUUCAUUGGUCAUUUCCAACCGGCUCUCUCUCUCUCUCUCUUUUCUCCCCCCGUCUUUCGUGCUGAAACCGACACCUAUAUUGGUUGAUUGAUUGAUUGAUUGAUUGAUUGAUUAAUUUACUUUCUCAUACAUUGGUCAUUGAUUGAUCAAUUUCAUCUAACCGGGAUUAGAUUAUAUGUAGUAUGGAGUUCCAUGACUACGUGUAGGUCUCUUUAUUCCUCCUCCGGCGGCCGACGUCCCUUUACUGGCACAUAAAUUAUUGGACCUCAUAUACUACCAGUUCGCCCGAAGGUAAGUCGGGUCUUUUACCGUCUUUUACCGGUCUACGCGGUAAGAGUUUCACCGUCUCAUGCCUGGGCCGUUAACGACCUGUGGAGGGCGCUAAGAAAAUCCCCACGUGGAGGCUCUCUGUACCCUGGGAAGUUACUUUCGUUACACUACGCUGGGGUGAUCUCGUGGGUUAUGAUCGGUUCUUCGUAGUUUUUUCUAUACUAACUCUUGUCUGGUUGGGUCUUUAUAGGUUUUUUCUGGACUAACUCGUCUUGUGGCUGAGUGUGUGAGCAUGCCUGUGUAGGGUGUCAUUCCUUCUUCGUUCCUCGACUUAUACAUUAUUUGCCUUUUUGUCGUGGAUUGGUAUUUCUGAGAGCAGACGUUAUGCGCUGGAUAUGCGACCGGUGGCGGUUGUGGUUGGUUCUUAAUAGUUUCUCUAGACUAACUCUUGUCUUGUGGUUGUGUGAGCAUGUCUAUGCAGGGUGUCAAAUCCUUCUUCGUUCCUCGACUUAUACAUUAUUGCCUUUGUCGUUGAUUGGUAUUUAUUUCUGAACGCAGACGUCAUACAGUUAGUUGGAUCUGCUUGCUCAUCUGCUUAAGAGCUGUCUCUUAUACACAUCUAGAUGUGUAUAAGAGACAGGUCCUUAACUGACACCAACCUUCGUUAAACGUUAUUGUUGAUUUCCUUCAGACAUUAUUUUUAACCUAUCGUCGAUAUUUAUCUCAUCGAUACUAUUACCGUAGGGUGGAUUUGCGUGGUUGCCCUUCGCUUUCCUUUCUCUUUCUUCCUGAUCUGGCACAAUUAACCUCACACCCUGAUGUUUAUAUACUUUUAACUACCACCAUUGUCUUGUGGCGGUUGUGGGUGUUUGGCGAUGUAGGAGAUGUAUUCCUCUCUCGUCGCGGUGUAACACACGAUGGGAUGCUCACCUUUCUCUUCCUGCGAUUCCUUUUCAUUAUUGGUGCAGGGUAGCCGUGGGUGUCGUAUCCUUUCGACGACUCGUUCUCAUGGUGGUGGUCCUAAAUAACUGACAAGAGGUGCAUUUGGACGAUCUAACAUUUCGAAUGCAUCAGGUCCAGGAAAUUUAAAUGCAUGUAGAAGGAUGUAUAGUGGAGCGAGGCCCAAACACCCCUUCACUCACUCAACUUCAAUUACACGAAGAUAGAAACGUGAACAAUUCUCUAAUUGAUGUCUUGGUUCAUCUGAUUGUCUCUUUUUAUUGUGUGCAUGCUAUGCUAUGCUUUAAACAAUGCAUCAUGCACUGAUCUGGUGACGAUUUGCACCUUCAACUUUGUCACAUCUUCUUCUUUUUUGUUGUCGUUGGUCCGAUGGACCACGGAUCAGGUAUUAUUAAACUGGCAUCUUUCCUUACUUCUCCGGGUUUUUGUCCUUAAUUGACUCUUCCACAAUAAGUGUUUGCUGUCGCAGGCAGUAAUUAAAAUUUUGUGUUCCUUUCUUUAGUGUUUCCCACGCCAUGCUUUGUCAUAUUCCUUGUUGUUGUCUUCAACUUAUAGCUAUAGGUAGUAUAGUACACUAGUCGUUAUCAAUCAGACGUGGAAAAGUUAAUCCAUGUUUGUGAAGGAUAUGGGAGGCGGCAAGUGUGAUGAAUCGCCACAAGCCCAUUGACCAAGUGCUGAAGAGAUUGGUGCAAGUGGCAGCUGGGUAGAAGUGAUCAUUUGCAGUUAAUAUGCGAGAUAUUAGCAAUGCUGAGGAAGAAUGGUAGAGCCUUGGAUGGAUGAACAGAAGGGGAAGGUACAGAAGUCAAGGGAAGGAAGGAAGGAAGGAAGGAAGGAGGUUGUGAGCGAAGUGAGGUAUCACCAUACUUGCAUCGACGUAUGCAGCCUGGAUUGGAGUCAUAGAUAAUCAGGCAGAUAGAUGUGUUUGGAUUGGAGUCGUAGAUAAUCAGGCAGAUAGAUGCUUGAAAAGAGUCCCGGAGUGAAGGAUGGAGCCUUGAACGGACGAACAGACAGAAAGAAGGGACAGACAGAGGGUAGGGAUGGGCGAAAGGAGGAGGAAGGAAGGAAGGACGUUGGUAGGCAAGUGAGGAAUCAUCAGAAGAGCUUAGACGAACUUGACGGGAUCGGAAUGAGAGGUGGGAGAUCCUUGGACUUUGGACGCAUGAACAGACUCGAAGGACAGAAGGAUGGAUGUAGAGCCUUGGAUGGGCGAAUAGACUCGAUAAUGGACAGAAGGUAGGGAGGGAGGAAGGGAGGUAGAAUCUUGGAUCGAUGAGCAGACGGAAGGAACAGAUGGUGGGAAAGAUGGACGUCACCUGACGAGGGAGUGAUGAAUCAAGGGAAGGGUUGUGGGUAGAUGUGAGCGUUUCCUGUUAAUAUGCCGACGCUCUUAGGACGUCUAUUUCAUCUUUUGAAGAGUGGACAGAGGAGAGUUGAAGGAACGAAGGAAGCUGGCUGGGUAAGCGGGGGUUAAUUGUGGAUAUCAUGAUAGGCUUGAUUGCUAUAGGUAGAGGUAGAGGUGAGAGAGAAGUUUGUUUCCUCCGCAGGAGGAUCGUAAUAAUGUUCUGGUGUUUUGUUGGGCAUUGUAGCUGUUGCAAUUCUGCAUUGGCAGUCUGCUCACAGUUAUCCAGGAUUCCUUUUGAUUGUGCACAGUUGAGAAGGUGCACUGAUGAAUCCUCGAACGUCGUGGAGGAAGGGGCACAGAUGAUGACCCCUUUAACGACGUGGAUGAUGACCCCUUUAACGACGUGGAUGAUGACCCCUUUAACGACGUGGAUGAUGACCCCUUGAACAACGUGGAUGAUGACCACUUGAACGACGAGGAUGAUGACCCCUUGAACGACGUGGGAGGGUUGGCUGAGGUGUGCAACAUUUCAUCGACUCCUGAGUUUGAAAAAGAUUUAUGUAGAGAGAAUUGUCAUAAUGUGAAAUGUCAAAUUUGUCGUUACUUGAAGGACGGAAGUGCUUUUCUGAGUCAUUUCUUCUUCCUAUUAAAAGCAGGUCCAUACGGCCCCAGGCUCCAUUUCCAUUCUGGGGAGGAUCAGUCCAGAUCGUGUGCUGCAUUUUUUGAAUUUUUUCAUAUAUGUUUUUGGUUUGCCUUUAGCGGGAUUAGU